AAUGGCGGCGGGCUAACGCCGCUGAGAGGACUGCUCGCCGGCGGGCAACGGGGCUGAUCUCGGGGCGCUGCCGACUCCCGCCGUCCUUCUCUCCGCUUCUGCGGGAUGUGCCAGGACGUAUCCUCGGGGCGGUGGGCGUCGAUCGCCGCCGCGACCAGAUAAAUUGCCACAAUGUGGGGCAAGAAGUCACACGAGGUGCCUCUGCAAAACCCGAGGCAUAACCAAAACAAGGAUUCUACCAUAGUUCUAACUGCAACAUGGGCUACUUUUUCUCAGACUAAGGCUGCUCUACGGCAUGUAGAGAACAAAUUGGAACUAGCUCCCACCUGCACGGCUAUAUUCAAUUCUGUCAUGGAUGCCAAGAAGCCCUCUGCUAGUGCUAGCAGGAAAAUCAGCAUAAAGGCUUCCCGGUCUUCCAGCCAAAAUAAAUCAAGCAAGGAGAAGUCCUCACGCAGCCCUCUUCGAGCCACCACUCUUGAAAGCAAUGUGAAAAAAACCAGCCGUGUGGAAUUUCACGAGUCAUUCGUUUCGUACAGGGAUACAUAUAAUCCUCUGUCUUAUCACGGUUCUAACCAACUUGAGGCCAAGCCACUGCUUUCGAGUUUGGACUUGAGCAAAGCAAAAGGGAAGGCUGAACUAACAGGCUGUAUGAUACAUGACCAAGAUGAGCAGGAUCUACAUGGCAGAGACCUUGAAAGCCAAAGUGCUGCUGCAGAUGAGACUGUUGUUAGGUAUUUGAAUGACCGACCGGCAAUUGCUGCCUUGCAGAACAAUGAGGCAUUUCGUAGGGUUGCAAGAGCUCCAAGACUGGAAGAGGGAAAAAACAGUGGCUCCAGAGGAGAUGAAAGUAGCACUAAAGCUCCUCAGAUUAACACAUCUGAGGACAAUGACCUGAAAGUGUGUCCCCCUUCUGCCAGGACUGCUUCGAAUGCUCAUAGGUUGAAACUCUUGAAAACACAGCAGCAUGACGUCAAGUUGGAGAAGCUGAAGGAACGGAUUCGAAAGCAAUGGGAGCAUUCCAAAGGCCUAGGUGGCAGAGGGCAGCACUCAGGAUAUGCUGAGCAACCUGUUGUGGUCACAAAUGUGGAGAGUGCUGUGACACCCAAAGUCAGGAAGGUGGCAGCUGUGUCUGCUGCUCCAUCAUACAGAGGUUUCAAUCCUGUUGAAACAAAGAUUCGUGCUCCAGAGGGAAAAAUCUGGCAUGGGGAAGGAUUUCCCCGUAGUCGGGAGCGGUACAGAGAUAUAGCUCUCCAGUUAACAGAUGAUUCAACGGUGAAAGGAAAACCUAUUGAGAAAAACAAAGAGAAAAAAGCAACCAGACCAGUGCGGAAAGUGCAAAACCUGACACGGUUGUCAAGUCCCGAGGCCAAACAAGGUGGAAACUAUGCAAGUACAGCCUCCUGGCGGGAGGGACAAAAGCUGGCCAAAAAGAUUCUGGGUCCAGCUCAAAGAAUAGAACAAGAGAGAAGAGCUGUGUCUAGUGACAGAACAGGACGAGACCGUGCUCCCAAGUUUGGCCGUAUGGGAAGGACAGGUUCAGAUUCGAGACUGGAAGUUGCCCGUAAAAUCUCAACAAGUUCUGACAGGUCAAGGAGUAAAGUACAACCUGGGAAUAAACUGAAGAAAGUGGAAGCUACUUUUCCAGAUGACAACCAAGCAAACCGUGCCCCCGUAAAUAAGGACUUCCUGCCUGUGGAGAUACGUGGAAUUCUUGAUGACUUGCAGUUGGAUUCCAUGAGUACAAAGAAAGAGAAAGAUGUGGAAAAGCAGAAUCGGAAACCUGUUCUGCCCACUCGAAAUGCCAGGAGCCACAGUCCAACCAAAAGGAAACCAGACAAGAUUGCUGCCACUGAGGAGCCUCAAGUGAUCAGUAAGAAACGUCACUAUGAUACAGAUGAGGUUCGUCAGUUCAUGAUCAGGCAGCAAGAGGAGAGAAAGAAGAAGCAGAAUGAAGAGAAGAAAGCACAAAAGGAAGCAACGGAACAGAAGAACAAAAGACUCCAGGAGCUCUACAGAAAGCAAAAGGAGGCUUUUACCAGAAUGAAGAAUGUGCCUCCUCCUCAGCCUUUAGCAGCCAAACGGUUACAGGAAACCUAUUCUAAAUUACUGCUGGAGCGUACUGUUUUAGAAGAGCCACCUCAGCUGCCUACAGUGCAGGAAGCACAGCCCAAACCUGGUUAUCAGCCAUCCGGGGAAUCAGACAAAGAAAAUAAAGCUCAAGAGCGUCCUCCCAGUGCAUCUUCAAGUAGUGACAUGUCGCUUACAGAACCACAGCAAUCACUACUGAGGAAUGAUUUGAUGGAGCCUCCAUGGGUACAGCCAGACAGAUUGAGCCCCAGAGUCCAGCUUUCUCAACAGCAAGUUCCCAUGGGCUCGAGUGGAGGCCCUUGCUCCCAACACUGGAGCCUGGAGCAGAUGGACCUUUUGUCGAAGGAAUGUGACAUGAUGUUGGCAGGCAGGAGGUGCCAUACUGCACCAGAGGGAUCACGAACCGUGAUGCCUCAGCCAUACAUGAAUUCAGCUGCACAGCAGAAUCUCUUGGUAAAACCUACUGCUAACCAGUAUAAGAGCAAAAUGGAUCGGAUUGAAGCUUUGAAGGCUACAGCUGCUUCCCUUACUAACAGGAUUGAAAAUGAAACCAAGAAGUUCACAGGAGCUGGUAACAAUUACGGUGCCAUGUGGAACUCAGACCGUGAAUUUAUGCAAGAAAAGCAGGGUGAUGGGCGGUGGGCAAAGGCUGUGAGUCCUCCUGUGAAAGAGGAGAAUGAAGAUGCUUUUUCAGCCAGAAUUCAGAAGAUGUUGGAUGCCUGUGUGUCUCAUACAGCCUUCGGUGACAGCCUUCCUGGGGUAGGCAACCUUAGUGAGUUUAAAAAGCUCCCUGACACCAUCAGGCCCCAUACUGCUGCAGUCAGCCUUGGAAUGAGAUCCUCUGGUGCUAACAGGCAUGAGGAGAUACUAGGACAUAUAUCUAAGAGACAGAGUGACUCCCCAGGGCAUGAAAGCCAGGCUUACACUCCUACCAAAGCUGUAGUUCUUCCUGAGUGCAGCAUUGAAUAUAGCAGUGAAGAGCCGCUCCUGAGUGACGAAAGCUUGUAUGAGGUGGGAGGAGGCCAGCAUAAACCAUUGCAAUUCGGGACAGUGGACACAUUAAAAGAGAAGUAUUUCUGCGUUCGGGAGGGAAAUGCUUUUGAGCCCAUCAAGGAGUUUCAGAAAGAAGCUGAGAAGUAUUUGCCACUUUCCACUCAGACAAGUGGCAUGAACAGCAAAGGGCCCUGGGAAGAACUAGAGAAGGGAAGUCCCCACAGCGUCAUCAACAUCUACACAAGGAGUUACCGGCAUCAUGGAAAAGUGUUUGAUGAAAAGCCCAGUGGAGACUCUACCCUUAUGCGCCCUUUGCUUCCUGCCAUGAGCCCUCCAGAGAGUGUGGUUUCUUACGAAGAUGAUUUUUCCUCAUCACUGGGAAGUAGCACUCUAAUAGACAAAAAGAUUUCAUGUGACCUCAGUGUUGCUGGAAGCAGUAAUUCAAGCAUUCAGGAAGAGGUUCCGAUUAGGAAGUCUCCCUAUGAACCUCCAUCUGCAGAGCUUGCUUCUCAGCAUUCCUCUGGACCACAGUCUUCAACAUCUUCUCGCUCCUCUGGUUCCUCUAAGAAGAGAGGAAAAAAGGAACGGGUGGAGUCUUUCAGUGGAAGUUCUCACCCCUUUUCUGUGGAAGAAGGAAAAGUGCUAUCUGAAUUAGAGCGGGGAUCCCAGCAGGCAAAGAAGUCCUUAUCAGGUAGCAGAAUUUCUAGUAAAUCCCAUGAGCAGAACACAGAUACAGACAGCACUCUGGAAAACUUGUCUGGACACUCCCUAAUGAGUUUCUCAGACAAGAGCAGGCCCCAGAAGACACAGACUUCUUCCCUACCUCCUGGUUCCCAAAAAAUCUUGCAGUUUGAUUCUGUGGCCAAUACAGGAGAAAGGGUCAAGUCACCUGCUGGCUUCUCUGGAAACACAACAUCAGGGAUGAAGCCUAAUGCAGCCUUCCAUGACUUGAGCAUGGGAACUGGCAGGACUGAAGCAGGCGCAGCCUCAGCAAGCGGAUGCAUGCACUUCUCUCCUGCUGGUCUUCAGCAAUGUUUGUCAGCACAGUUGAACUACCUCAGUGCUAUUGAGGAGUCUGUGAGACAGCUUUCGGAUGUAGAACGAAUACGAGGCAUAGCACUUGCCCAACAAGAGACUGUUUCUUUGGCUCAGAUUCUAAAGGCACAGCAGCAGCGCCAUGAACGAGAAUUAGCUCUUCUGAAAAUCAAAGCUGAGCAAGAAGCUUUAGAAAGUCAGAGACAACUGGACGAGGCAAGGCAGAAGGCAGCUCAGGUCCACACAGAGUCAGUGCAGCACCGGGUCCAGGCACGGCAGGAGGCUGUACAAGAGACCUCGUGUAAGGCUGCAGCUAAGCAGGCAGAAACUGUGCAUCUCACUACAGAUGCAGCUCACUGUGAGAUACCGGAGUUAGUACGAACCCAGAUCUCAGAUACUGUCAGUGCUCCAGCUGCUCCAGUCACCUCCUUGCUUGACCAACAGCGGCAGCUCCACUUAGAGUUCCUGAAGCAACUGAGAGCUCAAAAUGAUGCAAACAGGAAAUGUGAGUCUGCUGCCGUGUCAAAAGCUAAAGAGGAGACAAGUGACUCAAAACAGACAUACUCAGCAAUAUUUGAUAGCUAUUCAGAGACCUCAAGAAAAAAGGUUCAUGACCAGAGCAGUACCAGCAGCCGCCAAGAGAGUCCUUCAGCUCCAUCUUCUAAGGAGAACGAGAAGAAGCUUUCCCGUCAUGAGAAGCUAACUAGCAGUAUUGAAGAACAGGCUCAGACUGCUGUGGAUGAUUCCUUGCCAAGUGAUAGUAUUUUAUCACUGCCAGAUGAAAAAGAUUCCGCUUCUGUUGCAACAGGGUAUUCCCUGAAAUUUGAUGAGUCCAUGACAGAGGAUGAGAUUGAGGAAAAGUCUUUCCGGUCUUUGCUGCCUUCCGAGAGCCAUCGCAGAAAUAACUUGGAGAAGAAACGUGGUAACCGCGAUGAUUCUGAUGAGGACGUCUCGACAGGAAAAACAGCUCUGUCAUCUAUCAAGGAACUGAGCAUGCCAUUCUCAGGAGGUCAGGAUAGUUUCUCUAAGUUUACCAUGGAGAUGGUGAGACAAUACAUGAAAGAGGAGGAAGUGCGAGCAGCUCAUCAGUCCUCACUGCUUCGGCUCCGGGAGAAGGCUCUGAAAGAGAAGACCAAGGCUGAAUUAGCUUGGCUGGAGCACCAGAAGAAGCAUUUACGAGACAAGGGAGAGGAUGAUAAGAUGCCUCCAAUUCGAAAGAGGCAGCGUGGUCUGCUCCUGAAAUUACAGCAGGAAAAGGCAGAAAUCAAGCGUCUUCAAGAGGCUAACAAGGCUGCUCGGAAGGAGAGACAGCUGAUCCUUAAGCAGCAGGAAGACAUAAAAAGGAUCCGGCAGACUACAAUGAAACUGCAGGAAAAGCUGAAGUCUGCAGGAGAAAACAAGCUGGAAUUUCCCAGCGAGGAUGACAUCAAGCAGAGCAAUGCUUCUAGCCCGCUUCCAACUGAUGGAGAAACACGCAGCCCUUCUCCAAUCUCAAUCUCCAGCAGUGAGACUAGCAGCAUUAUGCAGAAACUCAAGAAAAUGCGCAGCAGAAUGGAUGAAAAACACUGCUCUCCUGUACACUACUUCUUCUCUGUCUUUACGUCUCACCACUGGGCUUCUCUCAGUGUCUGUUUUCCCAACCUACACCCCAAAUUCCAGCUGUAUAUCUACAACCAAUUGGUCAGGUUCCUAACUAAGCGAGAACAGAAGCUGAUGCAGCGUCGACAGCACGCUGAAGAGCUGUUGGAGUGGAAGCGCCGCCUGGAUGCAGAGGAGGCAGAAGUACGGCGCAUAGAAAAGCAGGCCCUAGCUGCCUGGGACAAAGAGCUGCUCAAAACCAAAACAGCCAAGAAAGACAAAGACCUGGGAGAUCAGAAAGCUGAGCCCAAAGAAACAGCUAGUGAAGAAGAGUCUGCAGUGCCUUCUUUCUCUCAUCUGAGUGGUGAAAGCUCUAUCCCAGAAGAUCUUGGCAGUCCACCUACUGAGUCUACCCUACCAAAGACUAUGGGCCAUGCACAGCCAGAAAGCCCAGAUCAGAGUACAGCUAAUGAAGAAAUGGCUUAUUCUGAAGAGUCCAAGUCCUCUACCCCACCUUGCAAACUUCCUCCUUCCAAAAGCAGCAUAUCUGUAUCAAAGCAAGAUUCCAGCAAAGGCAGCCAUAGAACUGGAGGACAGCUGCGUUCACUGGUGAAGUCUCAUCAGAUAUCUCACAACUGGUCUGAUGAAUCUUUAUCUGUGACACAGUCAGAAACCACAUCUGACCAAAGUGACAUCGAGGGACGGAUUAGGGCCCUGAAGGAUGAACUACGAAAAAGGAAGUCUGUGGCUUACCAACUGAAAAAGGAACAGAAAAAAAGGCACAAGGAGAGACUGAAGGCCCAGGAAGCCAGUCUGAUCAAACAACUGGAGUCGUAUGAUGAGUUUAUCAAGAAGACUGAAGCAGAGCUGAGCCAAGAUCUGGAGGCAUCACCAAUAGCCAAACCUCAAAUUAAAACUCCAUCUUCAGCUGCUGCUGAAAAACCCAAGAUCAUGAAGGCACCACCACUCCAUAGGCCUGAGACAGCUAAAAACUGGAAGCCUCUGGCUGAAUCGGAGCGAUCCAGAGCAUCUUUGGAAUCCAUUUCAGAGGAUGGAGAUGCUGUGUCAUCAAGAGCUGAGAAAUCUGUGCACACCAAGAAGGAGGCUGUGACAGAUGUUCAUGCAGAGGAACCUUCUGGAACAUCUUCUUCUGAUUUAAUGUCACCGAGGAGUUCCAGAGCUGAUUCCUUGGAUAAUGAACCCUCAUCAUAUCUUCUCAAGGACAUGAAAGACAUUAGCAGGCUAUCCCACAAGUCAGUGAACAAUGUGGAAAAAGCAUCCAGUGAUGAGGCUGCCUUCAGUCGUAAAUCUGAGGAAGACUUGGAAUACAUAAAGUCUGAGGAAUAUGAGAUUGAAGGGUCUCAUGUUAAGCCUUUGGAGAGUUCUGAUGUCUUGUUGACAUUAGAGAAAGAACAAGAGAGCUCACUGGACAUUCUUCCAAAGAAAAUCCUCCAUUCUGAAUAUGACCUCUCCUCUCAGAAGGAGAUCUUGAGUUUGGCUGUGGAAAGUCUUCACAAUACAAAAGAAACCUUACAACAGAGUGACACGCAUCAAGAUGCUGUAACUGUCCCAAGUGUAGAGGAGUCCUCUCACAAACUGAACGAGUCAGUGGAGGAAAAAGGUCAUCUGGAACAACUCUUGACUCAGAAGGAGCCAUCAUACCUUGAAGACUUUGAAAGAUCCUCUUCCGGAAAACAAGCAUCAGUUGAAGAAACCAUUCCUGAUUACAAGGAUGACUUUGAAUCGCCUCCCCUCUCCUCUAAUGGGGAUACUCAGUCGCUGGCAGAGCAGUCUCUGCACACACAGAACAGCAGAAGCAGAUCCCCCAGCCUUGCCAGCGAUGACGAAAUCAGUGAAUACCUCAGCGACAGGUCUCUCUCUCUGUCUGGCAGCCUGCAGUCAGAGAGGUUAUUAGAACUGAAGUCGCCAACAGAACUUAUCAAAAACACUGAACGCAGCAACGUGGAGCAAGAUCAGGCCCCCCCAGAGUCACCACUAUGGGCCCCUGUUUCGAUCACAGAAGCAGCAGAUAGUUUGCCAGAUUUCAACAUUGGUGAUAGAGUACUCGUGAGUGAAGUCCAACCUGGAACAUUGAGAUUCAAAGGUCUGACUAAAUUUGCCAAAGGGUUUUGGGCUGGUGUGGAGUUGGAUAAACCUGAAGGGAACAACAAUGGAACUUACGACGGAAUUAAGUAUUUUGACUGCAAAGAAAAGCAUGGCAUUUUUGCUCCUCCUCAAAAGAUUUCUCACAUUACAGAAAGUAUUGAUAACUAUUUGGACACAAAUAAGGAUGAAGACUUGUUUUUCGAUGACAGGCUGGAGGAGCAACAUGAAGUUGAGCAGAAAGACAGAGAGAGUUCCAAACCUGGCAAAGAGGAUGAAGGCCAGAGCAGAGGUGCAACAGAGAGCUACUCCCAGAAUAAAGCUCCUGUUGACACAGCUGUUUCAGAAGCCUCAUCUGAGGAAGGAAUUGAUAAGGAAUUGUCUAAUUUUAAAGAGAGCAGCAUCAAGGUUUCUCUGUCUGCUGAAUCACUUGCCCAGGAACAAUCAGUAGUGGAUUAUCUGAAGCAUGCUGUAAAAGAGGAGACCAGCAUUGCUCCUCUGCUUUCUGAUGCUGUGGAUGAGACUACCAUUCAGUUGGAUGAUAUUGCAGAUAUCCUUUCUGAAAAACUGGAGAGACAGAAGACACUGGGGGAAGAAUGUGAGGAAAAGUUAGAUGACCUCUCCCCUGAUGUUGCAGAGAAGUCUGAAACCCCACUUCUGGAUUUGCUGACAAAAGAAAAGAACCAAUUAGAAGCCCAGCUUAGACUACCACUUCAAGAAGAAGAAAAGUCAAAAGAUCAACUGGAAAAGGUCAGUUUGCUGACAGAUUGUCUGCUUAGAGAUUUUCUGAAAGACACAGUCAAUCAUUUGCAACAAAUAAAGAAGAUCAAGAAUGAGAAAAUCCAGCUCAGCAACCAGGAGCACUGUGAUGUGAAGGAGGAAUGCAGCGCCCCACCCCAGCAGCUAGAAGAGCAAAUUCCCAAUGGGCUGAGCAACCUUUUCCUAAGUUCUGAUUUGGAUGAUGAAAGAGAAGAACUUUCCUCUCCAGACAUGUGUCCCAGACCAGAGAGUCCAGUGUUUGGUGCCAGUGGUCAGGAAGAGCUAGCCAAGAGACUGGCGGAGCUGGAGCUGAAUCAGGAGUUCCUGAGUGUGCUGGGAGAUGAUCAAGACUGGUUUGAUGAGGACUAUGGCCUGAGUUCCCAUAAGGACCAGCAGAAGCAGGCUGAGGAACCAGCAGUGCCGCCCAAGGGAGAACCACAGAAAGAGCCAACAAAGCUGUGUGAGGAGCCAUUGGCAGUCCCUCAUACUGCAGUAGAGGUGGAAGGUAUGGUGCACGAAGUAGCUGAGGAACUCUGGAAACUGAAAGAGCUGGGUCAUGAUUUUCAAAGUUUCAGCCUUCAUACAGAUUUUGACAGUGCCCUCCAAGAGCAGGACAUGGACACGAUAAACAAGCAGGUUUAUAAAAAGAUGGUAUUUGAUUUAACAAGAGAGAUCUUCGGGGAAAUCUUUGCUGAGGAUCCUAAUCUAAAUAAGCCAAUCUGGAUGAAACCGUGUAGGAUCUCAUCUGCAUACUUUCGCCGAGUAAAAGAUCCAAACAAUCUGGAUGAAGUCAAGAGCUUCAUUUCUGCUGAAGUACUGAAGCUGUUCAACCUGAGGAAGGAGCCGAAUCAGAAAACAGACUGGCAGAAGAUGAUGAAAUUUGGGCGUAAGAAACGAGACCGAGUGGAUCAAAUACUGGUGCAAGAACUUCACGAGGAAGAAGCACAGUGGGUCAACUACGACGAGGAUGAGCUGUGUGUAAAGAUGCAGCUGGCAGAUGGGAUCUUCGAGGCCUUAAUCCGAGACACCAUUGAUGUGCUCAACCAGAUCUAUGAGAAACGCCAGGCUGCUGCUCGUCUGACCGCGCGGCCAGUGAGCUCACAGCCGUGGAACCGCCAGCUCAUAAGCCUUUAACUCCUGACCUGCUCUCCGCCCUGAUGGACUUCCACUGUGGGGUUUCAAGGCAAUUCAGAUGCGAUGAAAGGAGCCUGGAUUUGCAUCUGCUCCCACUGGAUUUAUUGUUUGAAACGAGCUGAUCCCUCACUUGAGGCUAUGUUGUGGAGAGCUCAAAACUGUUGGUGUGCCAACGCAGUUAUGCUACAUAACUGUCAGCAGUUGUCUCAGGCUGUGGCAUGCUCAGUUUGUUCUCUGUAAGGGUUGGGUGAAGCUGCUGGGGUAUUGGCUGUUUUGCUGGAAUGGUUGUCAGCCAUCAGUACCCAACUUCAGAGAUGUGAGUAAUUUGGAGAAGAAAUGGUUUGCUCAGCUUUUAGCCAUAAAUGGACACUUACUGUACUGAACUGUGUUAUAAUCCUAACAACCUCUUCUCCUGCAGCCCUAACAAUGUGCAUCAGUUUCUUCCGCUCCAGAGCCCAUUUAAUUCUUGUCUCUGUGAAGCUGGUUUUCAUCUUUCUUCUCCAAUGUGGUGCCAGGUAUGGUGCCAGCAAGUCCAGGGGAUGUAGAUGAUGUUGGUUUCUACAUUCAAGUCAAAAAUUCUUGCUGCUUUUCCUAUGUAGUUUGCUUCAGUCCUGAGGUGGAGCAAUAGAAAAGGCCACCUAAUGUCAAGCAUGAAAGAUGAGCCUGUGGACGACUUUCCUCCUACUGUGUAGCACUUCUUCUCUUCCUGGAGCACCAGCUGCUCCCAGAUAAUGGAUACUCAGGAUUUUCUCAGGCACAAGACAUGCAGGAGUGAAAAACAUCUCCUCACAAGAAUUUGGCCUUCGAUCCCUCAGCUGCCUCCUUUAUUGUCACCUAAUAAAUGGGAGGAGCUGUUACUUGAACAAUGUAGAGAACAGAAUGUAUUCACCAAAGAAAGGGGUGUCCAGCGUGCAACUGUCUGCAUGUUUUGUGCUUGUGGGGUUUUUAAUUUAUUUUCAGAUAAUUUAUUAAGUGGGUUAUGGGAGAGUGUCCUGUGCAGGUGGCUGCACUGUCUCACGUUUUGAGACAAAGUCAAGAAAGCAUCAUUUCUGGAAACUUCCAGAGCCCUGCGUUCUUCCCACAAAACCUCCCAGUUCUGGAGGCAGAUGCAGGGAAGGAGAAGGCAAGAAGAACCAAACCUCAGUGAGCAGGGGUACAAAGCAGAGGCAGGACUAGGAAUGGAGCUUCACCACACCUGGUUCAGAGGCAACGGAGAGUUGAGGGGCCUGAGCUGAAAAUGAUGAGAAACUUCCUUGCUCCAGAAAUUUUAGGCCAUGCACAGCUGAUAAGUGGUUGGCUUGGUGCUGGGUUCAACAGCAGUGUCCUUCUGCUGAGUGCUCAUUCCUAACCUGUCCCUCCCAUUCUUGUGGCUUUUUUGGAGGAACACAUACCAUCUGAGGUUGAAUGGUUGAUGCCUUAAUAGUGGAUGUCCCUGAUUGCUGACCUGGGACAAGACCCAGAGGAGAGUCAGAUUCUUCAGACAUGCUAGAGUGCAGGAGGACACUUUGAAGCCCUCAGAGGUGCUCCCAAGAUGCUGCAGCCCACAACAGGCGCAGAGGGGAGAUCUCUACCAUCUUGUUCAUCUGCUUGGUUCUUGGGCUUCUUGCUAUGCAUGCCUCUGCUACUGCUCCAUUUUAUUUGCUCUUUUCCACCUUUUUUUUAUUAUUAUUUUUGAACUAUCAUUGGAAUAUUUGCAUUUUGCACAAUGACACACAGCUGGUAAUUCUUCAGGGACAGCACUGGGAAAUGUUGGAUUUGUCAGAGGUCCAUGCAGGUUCUCAGAUGUAGUAUUGCCAGCACCUCACUUGUGAGUGAAUGGUGAGCCAUAUUUGUGGGAGCUUAACGAGUGGAAGAGUAAGGAGGAGAUAAUGCUCUAUAGGAACACCUCCAAUGGUCACAUGCAUGUCUGUCCUGCAGUAGUGGCUGUUCUGGCUGGAAGUCAAAUGGACCAUGGUGGAGCAUUGGUCAGCUUUUUUGCCCAAGUGUUCAUUUGUCCAUGUAAAAUGUCAUGAUGCUGAACCAGGAAACGCUUGAAUACUAAAGACAAAAGCAUACUAAAGCUGCUACAUUUAACCAGUCUGAUGUCACUGGUUGGGUCACCACUUCAGAAUCCCUUUCCUGGGUGUAUGUUUCUCAACAGCAAAGACUGCUAUUUUUGUAGGUAGCAAUGACAGAAAGAAGACAUGAAACCUGCAGCGUAGGUUUGGGGCUGGAGUAUCAGAGAAACAAAGUUACUUCCUGUUCUGUAGGUACCAUUGCCAGUGCUCAGAAGGUUGUCCUGCAUCCUUGAUCGCUUCAUCCCGAGGCUUUGUGGCUGUUCUGCAGGGCUGGCAUGGCUUCUCUGGUCUGUCCUUCAGGAGACAGAAGCUUGUAUAGUUAACCUGCCGUGGUACCGGGGACCACUGGAGAUCUUGUGCCUGUUUUCUUGCCAGCUUGGACAGCACCAGCCAAGUACCCCAACAGAAGUAGUAACUAUUCUUACAGCUGUUUGGGCAGAGAGAAGCUGUGUCUGAGUGAUGGCUUUAUUCCUUUGCAAACAUCAUUGUUUGAUUUGGUAGCAAUCCUUGCUAGGAGCAACUCUAAAAAGACUUGAACGUACAUGAAUUACCUUCUCAAUACCUCAAGUGUGUUGAGUUGCUUUGAGUUGAGUGUUAUCCUCAAAAGCUCGAGUGUGUUGAGUACUUGUGGGCUGGUGAUUACUGAGAUGAAGCAAUGGUCUGUGUGGGGAAGCCUGGAGUGUCACAAGCAGAGGCUGAAUUCUCUGCUUGUCUCCUAUCCCCAACCUUCCCAUUCUAAGAACAAGAUGAUGUAUCUUGGUGCAGCCAUGCUAGAAGAUUCUGAGACCCAUAAGCUGUUUGCGACAGCAGCUGCCACCGCUGGGAGGGGAGGUGCAGUUCCCUCUUCAGAAGGAUCUCAGUGCCAGGUGGGGAAGCCCAGACUUGUGAGGACAAGGAACGCCAAGUACCUCUCUUACAGCAGGAUGCUCCGCCAGCCGAGCUGUGGCAUAUCAGUACUUCUGCCUUUCAGAAGAGGCUUGUUGCUCACAAGGUGGAGUGAGGGGUUGAAAAAUCCCAUCUUGUUCACUUUCCUUUCUCGAAAAAAGUGGCCUUAGCUUUUUGCAAUACUUGAAUAAGUGUGUACCUGCAGAAGAUCUUCAGUAGCACAGUGAUCAGAGACCUUCUAAGUGACUAUUCCACACGGGACUGCCUGCAGUUCCACCUUUCAUAUCCCUUUGCUACCUUAAGAAUAUUAGGAAAACACAAGUACUUUUCAGCAGAGAAACGGAUGGAUCUUACCAAGCAUUUAGUGCAUCUGAAGUGUUUACAAAUCAACUAAAAUGGGGGAAAGCAAACUCUUUGAACCUGUUUGUAAUGUUAAAAAUGUUAAAUGCAAAAUUCUAUACAGAUGAAAGAGGAAUACUGUAAUUAACCUGCAUUUACUAGUUUGGGGUUGGGGUUUUUUUUUCCCUUUCUUUUCCCUGACUUUGCAGAGCCUUUUGAUACACACUUGCAAAGCCGCCUUUUGGGAGGCUCUGUCUCCCCCCUUGUACUGUGUUGUGGAGAUGCUGAAAGGAAAACCUGUUUACUGUAUGUGUAUAAAUAACCUGGUAACUUGGGUUUUGGGCCAGUUUCAGCUCAUGUUCACAUCCAGAGCAGCUUUGCACAGCAGACAGACCCAAGGAUGUGGAGGCUUUGGGUUGUUUUAUUGUUGUUUUGGGGUUGUUGGGG